AUGGCAAUCGCGAAGGCAGGAAUUGUGACGCUUCCGCAGAUUCCGCUCAUGUUCGAGGCUCCUACUUCCGUGUGCACCUCCUUCUACAAGAGCAAGGGCUGGGGCCCUGCCAGUCGAGUCGUGUGGGAGCACCUGCCAUCGACUGCAGUUUGUGUCUUUUAUCUCGACGGAAGCUGCAGCAUCCCCGUUUUCGUCUCGCCACCACUGGAAACGACGGGGUUCUUCCAAAUGGAGUCGGAGGCAACGCCCGAAGGAGUGAGCAUCGAGUCCUUCACGGUGAUUUCUUACGCAAAAUACUUAGGGCAUCCUACUUAA